AUGCAAACUAAAUUCAACAAGGAGACUAUCAAAUCAGCUGAAUCAAAAAGAAAAACGAUUGGUAGCAAUGAAUAUAAAAACAAUCCAACAUCAAAUAAAUGUCCAUUUUUAAAAAUUAAUUCAACAAGUACAACACAUGAUUCAACGAUUUUUAAUUUAUGUAUAUCAGCAGCUUUUGUUGCUAGAGGGUUGGCAGUUGAGAAAUGUGAUGACUUAUAUUCCGCCGUCUAUACGCAAUUAGGAGAAACUUCUAAAAACUUAAACGCCAAAUCAACUUAA